AUGCCUUCUGGUUUCCCUUGGGGCAUGCCUCCCAACUUUGUGCUUGAGGGGUACCAACCUGAAGUUCCAGUGACUCAACUUGUGAUGUAUGUACCAACUCCCGUGGUUCAUGUUGUUCCGCUAUGCAGAAAGAUUCAAGCUUUAAGGGGGAAAGAUCUGUUUGGGAAGAAUGUUCAUGAUUUAUGUUUUGUCACUAAUGUGAAGAUUCCGCACAAGUUCAAGGUUCUGGAUUUUGAAAAGUACAAAGUCAAUUCUCGUCCUCUGAGUCAUCUCUUGAUGUACGCUCGAAAGGUUUCGACUCAGACUAACAAUCAUCAAUUGAUGAUCCACUACUUUCAAGACAGUUUGACUGGGGCUGCUCUGAAAUGGUAUAUGGGGCUCGACAAUACUCAGAUCCGAACGUUCAAUGACCUAGGCGAGGCUUUUGUUCGCCAGUACAAAUAUAAUGUUGAUAUGGUACCGGAUAGGGAUCAACUCUGUGCUAUAUCCCGCAAAGAUAAAGAGACUUUUAAGGAGCACGCACAGAGGUGGCGAGGGAUUGCUGAGGUUAGUCCUCCAUUGGAGGAGAAAGAAAUGACAAAUCUGUUUUUGAAGACAUUUAGUCCAUUCUAUUACGAUCGGAUGGUUGCGAGUAUGCCUAAUGACUUUAUUGAAAUGGUGAAUAUGGGUUUGAGGUUAGAAAAAGGUGUUCGUGAAAGACGGUUAAAAGAAGGUAUUUCAUCUGAUGGUUCCAGAAUGUAUGGGAAUGGUUUAUCCAAGAAGAAGGAACACGAUGCAAACACUUUCUCUGUUUCUAAUUAA